GGGAGAAUCUAUGCGCCGCCGGGGUCCCUGUCCUCGCUCUGCGCCGCCUUGCCCGCGUCCUCUCCACGCACGCGAGGAGGUGCUUCCACCCGUCUCCUCCCCGGCACCGACCCCGGCCCCUUCCACCGCGCGGCGUGCUCACUCGCCUCUCGCUGCAGCCGCUCGUCCUCCACUCCCGCAUCUCGUCCCGGACUCUUUUCCGGUUGUUCCUCGACUCAACGCCUCCACCGUCCGCUCAUCGACGGCGCCCUGCGCGCGUCAUCUUCGGCGGUACACUACGGCACCCACCACUUGUGUCCACCCGGUUAUUGGAGUAUCCGAGGUUUGUGUGAACAUGGCAUCUGCUGCUGAAAUGACAGGAAGACAUAUGCUAUGUCUUCAAAGCUUUCCUAGUAAUAUGGUAAAACAAAGGCAUAGCUUUAUCUCUGCAAGACAGUCUUCCUUGAGAAGGUCACGAAUGGUUAGAGGUUGCUUGGACCUACGUCAUUUUUGCUGGUUACCUAAUCAAAGAUUUGCUCUUUCAAAUACCCGACCAAUGCCAGCUCUCAAUGCCGCAGUAUCGAGGGAUGUUAAUAGUCCAUUGGUAGAGGAAUCUGUCGAUGAUGUAAAAUUGUUUUCAAGGAUUAUUCACCUUUACCGCAGACCAUUUCUUCAAGAGAGUGAGACCAAGGAUUUACUCAGGAAAGUGCAGGCAAAGGUGUCUUCUAAUAUUAUUGACAUAAAAACCGAGCAAUGCUUCAAUGUUGAGUUGGAAAGUGCACUAAGUUCUGAGAAGCUCACAGCACUUCAGUGGCUCUUAGCGGAAACUUAUGAACCUGAGAACUUACAAUCAGGGAGUUUUCUGGAGGAGGAAGUUUUGAGGAGCCCUUAUUCUUUCCUUGUUGAGGUCGGUCCCCGGAUGACAUUUUCAACAGCUUUCUCGACCAAUGCUGUCUCAAUUUGUAAAGCUCUAUCAUUAAUGGAAGUAACUCGCCUGGAGAGAUCUAGAAGAUAUCUUUUGUGCCUUCAGCCUGGUAGUGGCCCACUUGAUGAAAGCCAGCUCAACAGCUUUGCUGCUUUGAUUCAUGACAGAAUGACUGAGUGUGUUUAUCCUAGCAAGCUUACAUCAUUUCGGUCAGAUGUAGUUCCAGAACCUGUCAGUGUUAUACCAGUCAUUGAAAGGGGAAGGGAAGCACUUGAGGAAAUAAAUAUCAGAAUGGGGCUGGCGUUUGAUGAGCAAGAUAUCAAGUACUACACUCACCUCUUCAGAGAUGACAUCAAGCGCAAUCCAACUACUGUGGAACUUUUUGACAUAGCCCAAUCCAAUAGUGAGCACAGCAGGCAUUGGUUUUUUAACGGAAAGCUUGAGAUAGAUGGAGAGACCAUGGAGAGAACUUUGUUUCAGUUAGUAAAGAGUCCCUUGAAGGCUAACCCUAAUAACUCUAUAAUUGGAUUCAAGGAUAACUCAAGUGCAAUAAAAGGGAACCCAGUAAAUCAUCUACGUCCAGCAGUACCAGGUUCUACUUCACCGUUAUCCCUUAUGAUGCGUGAACUUGGCAUUCUGUUCACAGCAGAAACCCAUAAUUUUCCAUGUGCUGUGGCACCCUACCCAGGAGCAGAAACAGGUGCAGGUGGCCGUAUAAGAGACACACAUGCGACUGGAAAGGGUUCAUUUGUCGUUGCUUCAACUGCUGGUUAUUGUGUUGGAAAUCUUCUAAUGGAAGAGUCAUAUGCACCCUGGGAGGAUUCAUCCUUUUCAUACCCACUGAACUUAGCUUCUCCUUUGCAGAUUCUUAUUGAUGCUAGUGAUGGUGCUUCUGACUAUGGGAACAAGUUUGGCGAGCCUUUAAUUCAGGGAUUCACAAGAACUUUCGGUAUGAGGUUGCCAAAUGGGGAGCGCCGUGAAUGGCUGAAGCCAAUAAUGUUCAGUGGAGCAAUCGGGCAGAUUGACCAUGCACACAUAUCCAAAGGGGAUCCAGAAAUUGGCAUGCUAGUUGUGAAGAUUGGUGGUCCAGCAUACAGAAUUGGUAUGGGUGGUGGUGCUGCCUCAAGUAUGGUUAGCGGACAGAAUGAUGCAGAACUUGAUUUCAAUGCAGUGCAGCGUGGAGAUGCUGAGAUGGCACAGAAACUAUAUCGCGUGAUCAGGGCAUGUGCAGAAAUGGGAGAGAAGAAUCCAAUCAUCAGCAUUCAUGAUCAGGGAGCUGGAGGAAAUUGCAAUGUUGUGAAAGAAAUAAUUUAUCCUAAGGGCGCUGAAAUUGAUAUCCGCUCAAUUAUUGUUGGUGAUCACACACUAUCUGUGUUGGAGAUCUGGGGUGCUGAAUACCAGGAACAAGAUGCAUUAUUGGUGAAGCCUGAGAGCAGAAGCCUGUUGCAGUCACUUUGUGAGAGAGAAAGAGUUUCAAUGGCUGUCCUCGGGGAAAUUGAUGGUAGUGGAAAGAUUGUUUUGAUUGACGGUGCUGCUGUGGAGCAUGCGAAGUUGAAUGGCCUUCCUCCUCCACUGCCUGUUGUUGAUCUCGAGCUUGAAAAGGUAUUAGGAGACAUGCCUCAGAAAACAUUUGAGUUCAAGCGAGUUUCUCGAUCGAGUGAGCCCUUAGAUAUUGCACCUGAGGUCACACUAAUGAAUGUUCUUAAGCGAGUAUUGAAGCUUCCCUCUGUAUGUUCAAAGCGUUUCUUGACCACAAAGGUUGACAGGUGUGUGACAGGUCUUGUUGCACAGCAGCAGACAGUUGGCCCUCUCCAACUUCCACUUGCUGAUGUCGCUGUAAUUGCACAGACAUACACAGAUCUUACAGGUGGUGCUUGCGCCAUCGGAGAACAACCAAUAAAGGGUUUACUUAAUCCUGAGGCCAUGGCAAGGCUUGCUGUUGGGGAAGCACUGACCAAUCUGGUUUGGGCUAAAGUUACAUCUCUUGCCGAUGUCAAAGCGAGCGGUAAUUGGAUGUAUGCUGCAAAGCUUGAUGGAGAGGGAGCGGAUAUGUAUGAUGCUGCUGUUGCAAUGGCUGAUUGCAUGAUAGAACUUGGUAUUGCAAUUGAUGGAGGAAAGGACAGUCUUUCUAUGGCAGCUCAAUGUGAUGGCGAGGUAGUCAAGGCUCCAGGGAAUCUUGUCAUCAGUGCUUAUGUGACAUGUCCUGAUAUAACCUUGACGGUUACUCCAGAUUUAAAGCUUGGGAAUGAUGGGGUUCUGUUGCACAUUGACCUGUCUAAAGGAAAACGCCGACUUGGUUGUUCUGCUCUUGCACAAGCAUUUGACCAAAUUGGAAAUGACUGCCCAGACAUAGAAGAUGUUUCUUACUUGAAGAAAGUGUUCGAGAUUGUUCAAGAAUUGCUCAGUGAACGUCUGAUUUCCUCCGGUCAUGACAUUAGCGAUGGUGGGCUUAUUGUUACAAUACUUGAGAUGGCAUUUGCUAGCAACUGUGGUGUUAACCUCAACAUAGAAUUAAAAGAUAAUGACCUUCUUCAAGCACUUUUCGCCGAGGAGCUUGGUCUUGUUAUGGAAGUGCACUCAAAAGACUAUGAUGUUGUGAAGCAAAAGCUUCAAGCAGCAGGGGUUUCUGCUGAUGUGAUAGGGAAAGUAACAGCAGCACCGGAAAUAGAGCUGCUUGUUGAUGGUGUGGUGUGCUUGAAGGAAAGAACUUCAGACCUCAGAGAUUUAUGGGAGGAAACAGGAUUCCAGCUUGAGGAGCUACAGCGGCUGAAGUCUUGUGUUUUACUUGAGAAAGAAGGCUUAAAAAGCCGAAAAACGCCGUCAUGGCAUUUGUCUUUCGCUCCCGCAUUCACGGACAAGAAACUAUUGACUGCAUCUUCAAAACCAAAGGUUGCUAUCAUUCGUGAAGAAGGGAGCAAUAGUGAUAGGGAAAUGUCUGCUGCAUUCCAUGCUGCUGGUUUUGAACCGUGGGACAUCACAAUGUCGGAUCUCUUGAAUCAUAAGGCUUCUCUAAACGAAUUCCGUGGGAUUGCAUUUGUUGGUGGUUUUAGCUAUGCAGAUGUUCUAGACUCAGCGAAAGGUUGGGCUGCAUCUAUCAGGUUCAACCAGCCCCUCAUACAGCAGUUCCAGGAGUUCUACAAUAGGCCAGAUACGUUCAGCCUUGGAGUGUGCAAUGGUUGUCAGCUCAUGGCUCUUCUUGGCUGGGUGCCAGGACCAGAUAUUGGAGGCUCCCUUGGUACAGGUGGAGACAUGUCCCAGCCAAGGUUCAUUCACAAUGAAUCUGGUCGUUUUGAGUGUCGGUUUAUCAGUGUAGCCAUAGGGGACUCUCCUUCUAUAAUGUUCAAAGGUAUGGAAGGCUCUACUUUGGGCAUUUGGAGUGCUCAUGGUGAAGGGAGAGCCUUCUUCCCAGAUGAAAAUGUCUUAUCUGGUGUUGUCAAAUCUAAUCUGGCUCCUCUGCGAUAUUGCGAUGAUGCUAAUAACAUCACAGAGGUCUAUCCCUUUAACCCCAAUGGUUCUCCACUUGGUAUUGCGGCCCUUUGCUCCCCUAAUGGAAGACACCUUGCUCUGAUGCCACACCCAGAGCGUUCCUUUAUGAUGUGGCAAUAUCCAUGGUAUCCCAAGGAAUGGCAGAUUGAGAAGAGUGGUCCCAGUCCUUGGUUGCGCAUGUUCCAGAAUGCACGAGAAUGGUGUUCAUAGAAAAGUUAUAUGCUCUCCACUAUGUUCUCCAGUAUGCUGCUAGUAAAGGGCUGCUUAACAUUGCUGAGACCCUGGUAGCUGUCAACAAGAAAGCAUAAGAGUGUGACUAGUGCUGGAGAAUGGUUAUUUCAUUUUACAAACCAGCAGAGGGGUACUACAAUCUCUAAGCAUUUCAAAGACAAUUCCAGGAGCAAAUAAUUCUCCCACACACAGCAGAACCCAUCGGGAUAUGAAUCAAAUUGAACAAUGCCUGGAAUAAACCAAGAACUCACCACAAAUCCCGAAUGACGAUGAAGACCAAGCUGCCGGAGCUAGUCGUAGAUGGUAGCCUCUACGUCUAUGAAGACCAAGCUGGUCAUCCUUGGACUUGGUUAUUCAGCAAGAGUUGUAGAGUUUUGGCUAGAGGUGCAACAUGGUGACCCUCAGGGUACCCUUUGACCCUUCUUAGUUCAAACAAAUGAACUAGUUUUUCAAAAAGUUGUGUCAUUUUAAAUUUUUAGUUCAUUUGGUUGAACUAAGAAAGGUCAAAGGGUACCCUGAGGGUCAAAAAUUUGCAGCUCUAGUUUUGGCAGUUUAAUGACAAGUUAAUCUAAAGAAAAACUAAUCUGAAGAAAACUGCAAUGGAUGUGCAGUUUUCUUAGGUUUGGUCCACAUGCUGCUCCAAAUUUUUUAUUUGGAUGCACAGAAUACUGUAUCCAAAUAUUACUAUGCUUAAUUACACCGAUUCUUUUAAGAAUGA